AUGGUGAAGCGCAAGCGGAACUGGACCGACGAGGAAUCGGAAACCUUGCCGUCUGCACAAAAUGCGUCGGACAGCAAGGAGCCUGCGGUCUUGGAUGUUUUGCCGGGGGUUACCCGAAAGAUCACUGCUUGUGGAGCAUGCAGGAAACAGAAGAUUAAAUGUGACAUGAGCAAUGGACCUCCUUGUACGCGGUGCCGUCGUCGCGAUUUGUCUUGUGUUCUGAAUAAGAGCCUCCAAUCUUUGGUUGAAGAAGUCAAGAAUACAGAGAUCUUGCAAAGUGAUAUAUCGGGCAUACACGAGACCCUCGACAACAUAUGUCAACACCUCAACCUACCUCGACCGAAGGCUCUCUUGUCUUCCGGUGAAGCAACAGAAACAGAUGACAAAACAGGGGGCAAUGAUGAUCUUGACCGAGACAUUGAGGAUUUGGAUGGCUGCGAGAUUUCUCCGCCCGACACACCAUCUGCAGUGCAAGCUCCGAUCGAUACGUACCUGGACAUAGCCAAAUUGGGAAGUCCAGGGUCAUCCGAAAACACUCCCCCAAGUACAACAAAGCACAGACAACAUUCGGCGCCACAGGAUCUCAUCAGCAAAGGGGUCAUAAGCAUUGCGGUGGCUGAGACAUUGAUAGAGAGAUACUUCGCUCGUCUGGAUCCAUACCUGUACGGCAUAUGCAGUGGAUACCAGAGUCUUCAACAGAUCCGAGCGACAUCACCCGUGCUUCUAGCUGCAAUAUGCACCGUCUCAGCACUACAGGACCCCGAAGGUCAACGCACAUACGAAGCAUGCAAUCGGGAGUUCCGUCGGCUGGUGUCAAGAUCACUUUUCGAGAAGCACGAUCUGGAACAUGUUCGUGCACUAUGUGUUAGUUCUUUCUGGCUUUCGGAUGCGUCCAGAAUAUUGUCAAGUGACGCUAUUCGGCGAGCGGCCGAUAUGCGCCUGCAUCGCAGCUUCGAACAUCUUUCGGUCCCAAUGGACCCGCGUCUGGUGGCAGGGAGCCAUGCGGCACCGCAAUCUUUCCAUGACACGGGUGCUCUGCAAGACCGUGUUAGGCUCUGGUACUUGACGUUCAUAUCAGACCAGCAUCUCUCAAUCCUACAUAACCGAGACCCACUCCUGCGCAGUGACAAAGAGAUCGCUCUGAGCUGGGAGACUUUCCUUGCUCGUGAGGAUACAACAGACUGUGAUGUUCGAAUUAUAUCACAGGUUGCUCUGCUUGUUAUCAUGAGUCAAGUGCGGGACCUGCUAGGAUCUGACCAAGGAACCCGCGUUCCGCAGUCUUUAUCAAAUCAGAUCAUUCACUACUCUCGACAGUUGGAUCGAUGGUUCACCAAAUUCUCUUCUAUCUUCAAGCCAGAUCCUUACAUCGGUGACUUUCCCAAGCGCGGCUUACAGUUGCACUACCAUUUCGGGAAAUUAUAUCUUGGACACCAGGUGUUCAAAGGAUUGAACGGCGAGAUGAUACCACCUCAUUUCCUGACUGCGGCCGGCAUGGCUCACGAAGCUGCCGUGGCAAUUUUUGAAAUGAUCUUACAUGAAGAUUUGCAGAAAAGCCUCAUUGGCAUGCCACAUUAUUUCCACAUCAUGAUUGCAUUCGCCGGUCACUUUUUGUUAGAAGUGACGCAAAACUACCACACACAGUUAUCCAUUGCGCCAAGUCAAAACUUCGAAUUGAUUCAGAAGGUGCUGGAACUUUUCCAAGAUAUUCCGGCUGUUCAACAGCAUCCAAUUUGCAGGAUGACACCCGGGUUGACUCGAAAAUUGCGUGAAUGUGUGGGUAUCCUGCAAGGGGAUGGCAGACAUGUACUUCAGCCCUUGGGUGCGUCUAUGGAUUAUACCGACAACCCUCUACAAAUACAACCAGCAGGUGGUUUCUCAUUUCCUGAAGAUUCGCUCGUCAACCCUGCGGAUGAUUUUUUGCUUGCUGAUUUCGGGGAAUUCACUUUCCCAGGGAUGAUGUCGAAUGGAAUGACAUGA